AUGAUUAAACAACAGCAACCACAACAACUUAAGGCACAAAGCACCCAGGUCCUUCAGACCAUUACAUACGCCAUAUAUGCAUAUAAUUCAAAGACGGCAGAACAAACGCAAAGGUUGAAAUAUGGAGAUUUGGAGAUAGUAUUGAAAAAUGACCAUUUCGAAUUCGUUUGCAAAGGUGGUGCAGUGAUAUCAAAUAUAAAAGAAAUUUUAUUUAUGAAUUCAAAAAUUAAAGGAAUAACGGAUGAUAUAACAUCAAUUCCACCAGAAGAACAGAGAUAUUACGCAUUAAAUGCAUUUCCUAAAGUUUUGAAGAUUGGAAGAUUUAAUUUAAAUGAGGAAUUCAUAGAAGGUUUCCUAAACGACAUAAUGAAGAAAGCGGAUAAGGAAUGUGUUAAUAGUGAGUUAAUGAAGAAGGCAAAUUUGGUUUAUGUUGAUGAAAAAGAUAAUGAAAUUAAAGAAAGGGUUGAAUGGUAUCAUGAAUGGACAUCGAAGAUUUUAAAAACUAAAGCUGAUACAGGAUGGGUUUCAGGAUGUUUAGACCUUAAAGCGGAUAAGGAAUAUGUUAAUAGUGAGUUAAUGAAGAAGGUAGACAAAACAGAGCUUCAAAUAUUAAAGACUGAAAUACUUCAAACAUUAUAUCCUGUUGGUUCUAUUUAUACGUCAAUGAACUCAACAAAUACAGCAACAGUUUUAGGUUUUGGUGAAUGGAAGCAGAUUAUAGACAAAUUCUUAUACUGUGCUAGAUAUUCAAAGACGGCAGGAGGUUCGAAGAAAAUUAAAGAAGCAAACCUUCCACCGCACACUCAUACAGGAACGACAAACUUUUCUGGCGACCAUAUACACUCAUUAAGAGACCAUCCAUUAUACAACUCAGAGUAUGAAGCUGGCAAUGAUGUUUUAUCUCCAUCUUAUAACAAUGCAGCAAAAAAGAUUUUUCGACAAACUGAACCAGGAGGAAAUCAUACACAUACUUUCACAACAAAUCCAACAGGCUUGGGUAAAGAUUAUAUGCCACCAUUUAUGACUGUAUUUGCAUGGUACCGAAUGAACUAA